UUCGUUUUAACUGACUAGGUAAACUGUAAACUCGAUAUCAAUUUAAACUAGAACACGAUAAUACAAUCAAUCGUCGGGUUUCGUUUUGACUUACUAAGCUGUUUAUGAAUCACAUACAGUAUAGAUUUAAUGAAAGGAUCUUUACAAGAUAACGUUCUUAACAUAAAUAGCGAUUGUAGCUACUUGGUAACCUGAGUUUGUGAUAACAUACCCGCGUAUAAAAUGGCAGCUGACGAAGAAACACCUGUUUUGCAGAAAUGUUCAGAUAUAUUGCUUGAUUACUGUUGUUCCGUGUGCGAGGACAAUGAUACAUUAACAGAGGCACAGUUCUAUUGUGAGAGGUGUUCUAAGUGGUUCUGUGACCAGUGUGUGUCUCUUCAUGGGCAGAUGUACAAGAAGCACUCAACGCUUGGAAAGAGUGAACAAGGAAAAUGGCCGGUCGCCAAGGGCGUAGCUGAGCAAUUGACACAAUGUGAGGCACACAAAGGGGAAAAGAUUGCAAUGUUAUGUGCGGACCACAGUCAACUAUGCUGUGCAACGUGUGUUCUGCUCGGUCAUAGGCAAUGUAACAAGGUUACUCACAUAAACAGUGGGCAAUACAAAAAGGAUCAUGACGAUUUACAAAAGCUGACAACCGACAUCACCAACUUGACACAGCGUCUGAGAAAACUGAUAGAACAGAGAGAGUGCAAUGUGAAGUCUCUUCAGUUUGCAUACGGCAAUAUUUUAGAAGAAAUCACGCUCGUGCGACAGAAAUUUAAUGCCGCACUAGAUUUAGCGGAGCAGCGUAUUCUAAAUGAAGGAAGGGCCUUGGUUACCCGUUUGCAAGAAUCACUGCAAGCUGAUAUAGGCUCGGGUAAAGCUGCUCUUAAAAGGAUUCACUCCCUUCAAGAAGCGUCCGAUAAAAUUGCGCCACACGAUUCAGAAUUAUCUACCGUUGCAUAUAUGAAAAUCCAACAAGAGCUGUUAAGUUCUGACUCAAUUUUACGCGAGGUGGCCUCAAAAUCGGAUUUCAAGCUUUCGUAUACCGUUGACAAAAAUAUUGAACAUUGUUUAGCUACAAUUACAACGCUUGGUACCAUUAACACUCUAAAUAGUAACACAGUUAUUGCAACAACAAGAAAAUCACUUUACAAUGUAAAACUUAGUGGUGAAGCAACAUGUGAGAUACGAGGCAUAUGUGAGAUGCCUUACGGUGAUGUCAUAAUUGCCGAUGCUAAAAACAGCAAGAUAAAGAUGCUUGAUAAACACUUCCAUGUGAUCAGUCACUGUGAUAUGCCAGCACGUCCUUUCUAUGUUUGUCAGAUAACAGACACUGAAGUGGCUGUUGCAGUUUAUGAUUGGGGAAGCGUACACGAGAUUCACAUACUUGCACUGACAAAUCAUACUAUUGUCAAGAAGGAAACAUUUAAGCUGACACAUCCAUGCACCGGAAUAAGACAUCAUAAUGGUCAUUUGUACGUUACUUCCGGUCAAGCAUUGUAUCGGUACACAAUGACGGGCAUGCUGCUGGACAAGAUGUAUGAAGACACUUCGAAUUCUUACACAGUCUUCAGGUUUGCACUGAACACGUAUGAUGACCGGAUUUAUGUCGUCAACAAUUCCAAUCACAAGGUCCUUACACUGAACAUGAGUGGGCAACUAUUGGCGUCCUUUACUGAUCCGGAACUUCGAAGCCCUCAUGACGUACACUUGACAGAGUCAGGACAAGUGAUUGUAUGUUCAUACAAUUCAAAGAACUUCAUUCAACUCAACGGUGCAGGGACAGAUAAGAUUGCCAAUGUGGCUGUCUUGAUUGAAGACACGAAAUUUCUGUCCGUGUGUUGCUCGAAACAAACUGGCUCCAUACUUGUAGGAAGAAACAGUGAUGAUGAAAUUGUAGUGUACGACAUAAAAUGACAGACCGAUAAGUGUAUAACUUAACACGUUUCUUUUUAAGUCAUUUAUUUGUGAUAAAAACAAGCAGUACUGCCAAUAGAAAAUUGACGCAUAGUGAAAAUUGGUAAUUUCUCUAUUGGUAUGACAUAUGCCCUAUAACAGAAAUUUAAUGUUACACUCAUAUCUUUAUGUAAAAUGCACUAUUUGUUAUUGUUCAUUUUAUACAAAAUUCUUUUUUUUUCAAAAGAAGUUAAACACUCAUAUUAUUAUUUCUAUCACAUUUUCCGUUCAUAAAUUUUAACGAGAAAAUGUCGUUGGUUUGAUUUUGUUUUAUUUAAAUGUUAUUCGGCCACUCUCCGACGGUAGCUUACUUUGAAACUUAUUGAUACGGGCGGGCGAUGACCACAAUUUGUAUCACUUUUCUUACAUACAUGUAGUACAGGUCAAUUUGUUAUCUCCUUUUUAAUGUAAUACACAUUUACAUUUUGAGUUAAUUCUGUCCUCUCUAUAGCUGAUGCAAUACCUGUACUUGUUAUGUCCAAUCAUAAUCAAUAAUUAAUCUGAUGCAAGAUGCUCAUUGGUCAUUUGAUAUAACUAGUUUUAUUUCAUUGUGACCACGCUUGCAUUUGCCAAGACCGUAAAAUGGACCAGGCAACAAAGGGAUGAGCAUCCUCGCGAUAUCCCGUUUCAGACCGCAAAAUAAACAGGUGCGCGAGAUUUGAUAAUCUCGCUCGAUUAAACGAUUACUCUAUCGACCAUGCGUCUAAGUGAUAUCGAUUGCGAGCGAUUUCACUCAUUUAUGAUGUUUUUGUAACCCCCAAUUCUUUGCAUUGACCGUUCCAAGGCGGUGACCCCAGCUUUAUUCUUAUUCUUUAUUCUUUAUACAUAUGUGUGUAUGUGUAUGUAGUUUCGUAUUGUGCUAUUUCGUUCCGUUUUGGCAAUUAGUCUCUUGCCUUAAAUAAAGGACCAACAAAUUGUACAUUACGAGAAUGCAAUACUGCUCCAGCAGCUGGAGUUUCACUUCUUUAUAUUAAUAUUUCCACUUUUGUUGUUUUAACAACAAAUACAUAUUCGUUCAUU